ACGACGGAGAGACCCUGCCCGCAACGUUCUCCGGGAGCGUAGGUCUAGUGUGACGUCACGGUAGCCUAGUUGGGUUAGGUUUACGCUGGAAAUUCUAACGAGAAAUUUUUUGUUCGACGAUUCAUGUUUUUCCCAUCGUGUCCGCUGCGCUAAGCGAAACGUGUGAAGAGUGAACGCAGUGGCAAGCAGGCAAUCGUAUCUCGUGAACCGUUCGAUCGCGAGACCUCGCGCUAUCGACGUAUAUGAGAUUUUAAACGGAAAAUGAAUCGACAUGAAGGGGUAAGUUGUGACUCCUGCUUAAAGGGUCAUUUUCGGGGUCGCAGGUACAAGUGCCUUGUGUGCUUCGACUAUGACUUAUGUGCCAGCUGUUACGAAGGAGGUGCCAGCAGUACACGUCACCUCGCUGACCAUCCCAUGCAAUGUAUACUUACUAGAUCUGACUUCGAAUUAUACUAUGGUGGAGAAGGAGUGAGUAUAGAGCAACCACAAUCUUUAACUUGUCCCUAUUGUACAAGGAUGGGUUACACCGAGGCCACCUUGCAAGAACACGUUACUGCAGAGCACCAAGAUGCUUCCUUUGAAGUUGUUUGUCCUCUAUGUAUAUCCACCCCGGGAGCAGAUCCUAAUAUCGUGACUGAUGAUUUCGCGGGACAUUUGAGUUUGGAGCAUCGUAGUGGACCACGGGACCUGAUCUCUUUUCUAGAUGAACCAACUUCAAGUAGAUAUAGUGGUAGACGGGUACAGCUACAUCAAUCUAGAGUUCUUGGUGGGUCACGACCUCGCAGGUCCAUGCAUUUCAGUUCGUCCGGGGGAUUGAGUCCGAGUAGUCGAGAUGGUAUAGAUCCGAUUACAGAAUUACUCUCUCAAUUAUCCGGUGUUCGUAGAAGUGGUGGAGGGACUGGUCAGAGUUCAUCAACACCGUCGCAAUUACAACACUUGCAAAUGCAGCUACAAAUGGAGCGCCAACAAUUUAGAGCUGCUAGGCAACAAUUGGAGCGGUUACCUAGGAGGCAGACUCAGGCUAUUGGUUCUGUAAGUGGUGGAGGAGGUACUAGUGGAGGUCAUUCUACUGCUAUGACCAGCGUGGUAGCAAAUAGUACGAGUAGUAAUAAUAAUGCAACCAAUGUGGCCAACCCGUCCGGCGUAUUGUCUACCAAUUUACAGAACUUUAUGUUUCUAUUACCAAGAUGCAUCACGAGUACUCUAUCCGACUCACAACUGCAGAACAUUGAACGCGAGAACACGAAUAGGGGACUGUUCACGCGCGAGUUAAUCGUCAGCACUCUGUCCCAAACAUUGCCGGAGUUGAUACAGCAGCAGUCAGCAGCGCAAACGCCAGUGUCGAGCACGACUACUGCCACGACCAGUCCCGAAACACCGAACGCCAACGCUUCAACGGUUUCUACUAAGAAAUUAAGUUCAGCUCAGGAGGCGAAAAGGGAUCAAGCGACGAGUAAAAACGUAACGCAAACGUCGUCCACGCAACAAUCACAUACUACUGUUCAAGCUGCUGCUGCUGACGGCGCGGGAACAGGUGUACAGACUCAAGGAUUGCCGCCCCCAAACUCGAAUAACCUCGCAUCACAAACUACACCUAGGGUUCAAACACUAAUGCAUAGUGUAUUACCUCAGCCACUGGUACUGCAACAACCAUUGCCACCACCAGUUAGUAGAACUAUCAGAGAACCGAUAGCGACCCCGACACCAGCGUACCUUAGAGGUGGAGUCGGUCCAGUUGGAGUAACAGGUUCUUCACGUAGGAAGCCGGUUAGGGCUGUAGAUGGCAGAAACCAGUCUACGGAACCUCCGCCCCCACACUAACCCCUCCUUAGCCCGUACCCACCCACCCUGACUCCUCACAGGACCCUCUAGCACUAGUCCUAGCACUGUUUAGAACACCUCAUCAUUAUUGUUAUUAUUAUAAUAUUAUAUAUUAAUAAUUAUUCGAAUGCCCUCCUCCUCCUUCUCCUCCUCCUCCACACAACCCCCUCCCCCUGUCUCUCUUUAUCAAUUUCCGAACACUCUAAUCUCGCCAUCUUUUUUGUCGUUAUUGUGACAUGGAACAAGGGCAAGGGCUGAUUCGCCGACACAUGCAAAUAAUGUACAUAACUUACUUCUUGCAGUCAUUACACAAUCCUCAGUGCACGCUCCUCAGCGAGUCUUGCCACGUUCUUCCAUAUUCGAAAUUACGUUGCAUCCGUGUUCUUAUGACACACAUUGAUCAGAGGACAGAAACUGACAGAGAAAACAACAACAUCAACAACAACAACAACAACAACAACAACAACAACAACAACAACAACAACAACAACAGAAAA